UAGCUGUUUGCUUUUGGAGCGAAGAAACAACUUAUGGCGAUCAACUAACAACAACUGGUUGUUGGAUAGUUGUAGUAGUGGUUGUGGUAUAGUGUCGUUAGAAUCGUCUCCUUUUGAAGAGUCAUCUUUCGAAUUCGGAGCUGGCGAUCAUAUGUGAUUGUAAAGCGCCUCCUCAGUGACUGCCUAUCCGUGUCACGUAUUGCUGUUGCCGUGUGACAGCUUAUUUUUUAGAUUCUAGCUACGCCUAUUUCGGAUGACUUUAUGUGAAAAAAAAACGUGUGAAAAAAAGUAGAAAACAGUGGAGGUUUCUCAUCCUCAACAAGCAAGGGCCGGGCGGUCGUCGCACAAAGUUUUCGUCACGUCAUCGAAUCAUUUCGGUCAUCGAUAGUUUAGACUGGGAAGUACGAUUGCAGUACAAAUUCAAGACCACUAACUGGUCCCUCAUAAGCAAACAACAAGUAUCUCAUCCCAGUCGAGACAAAAAUGAGUUACCAACUCUACCGUAAUACAACUUUAGGAAAUUGCCUUCAGGAAGCAUUGGACGAGCUAUUAGGUUCGGCCGUUAUUCCGGAAGGUUUAGCAUUGCGUGUUCUACAAGAGUUUGAUAGGGCGAUCAACCAUGCCCUUGCCAAUCGCGUACGCAGCCGAUUGUCUUUCAAGGCGGGCCACCUGGUGUCGUAUCGAUUCUGCGAUAACGUGUGGACUUUUGUCAUGAAAGACGUUGAGUUCCGCGAGGGUCAGGAAUUAGCUCGAGCGGAGCGUCUGAAGAUCGUUGCGUGUGAGGCCAGAGCUCAAGGAUCAUAGGAAAAUGGACUCCUUACUACGUGAAGCUACGUGCUUACAGAAGGCGACAUUAGUGGCUUUGGCAUUUUACGGGUCCGUUUCUAUUUUGGCAAAAAGGUCAUAGUGUGCACAACGUAUUGUGAAAGGCAAAUGGUGUAAUUUAACAAGGUAACUUGCUGCAGCGUGUCAGCUAAAUGAAAAAAAACCAAA